AUGGGGUUCUCAUUCGUUUAUUGCGUUGUGUGUGGCUGUCCCUUUGACGUCCCUCCUCGCGAUGAAGUCUUUGACGAAGAACACAACUGGGCAUCCGAAGACCCUCUCGAAGAUGAAACAAAGCAGUGGCUAUGUAAAAUUCGGCUUCUCGGCGCUACUUCAAGCUUGGAGAAAUUUACCACUCCUCCCUUUCGCAUGCCGAGAAACGAAUCCACAACUCCAGGGCUUUUCGUUUCCGAUUUUGCCGACUGGGCCUUCACGGAAGGUUUGUACUUCCGACUCGGAGGAAGUGCAUACCGCGCCCUGUCAUCUGCUAAGGAUACCGACGAUGUCUUGUUCCCGUUACAUGAUGCCUGCUUGACCAUCGUUCAACAUGUCCUCACGUGGUGUGCUCGAUUCUUCCCUGAGGGUGGUUCACCUCCAAGCUUGAGCGACGUUUACAAGGCCCUAUACGCUCAGUUUGCCUUCAAUGUGCAAGAAAAGAAGAUAAUCGCCAAAAAGAGAGGCUUCUAUGGUUCAACCGACUACAUGGAGUAUGGCCUGGAGUUUGGCCAUGGUUACUACGGCGCUCGCGAGUUCUGGGCCUCUGAAGGGUGGGAACCUACCAAGGCCAACGAGUGGUACUGCGAUGAUCCGAUCAACGUUGAAAAUCUCUCAGAGUUUGUCUCGACGCUGAUUACCGAGGAACCCUUCGAGGCCAGACAUAAGAAAAACGCCAGGCCAGAUACCAACUUCGAGGUUUCAAACCUAAAGGUACCACUUCAGCCAAGUCUGGAAUACUUGCCUCGGGAGAUACUGGACCUUGUUGCUUCCUUUCUUCCUACGGCAUCUACUCUGCGCCUACGGAUGUGUUCCAAAACUCUGUUGUCGCGCGUCGUACUCGACCAACAGUUCUGGCGAAGGCAACUGCUCGAUGGCUGCGUAGCCCCUUACAAUUGGGAACUCAGAGAUGUUCACAGGUAUUCAAAGACCCCAGUUAUCCCAGCUGGCAAAACUCUGGGUCACCAUGACUGGGAGGGUUUGGCCAGAAAGUUGGUAUGCAGCAAUCAAAUUAUGAGGGGGGAUGAGUCCAUGCCGUCUCCGCCAUGGGGACUGCGAAACCGAUGCAGGAUCUGGUCCCUUGCUUCUCAUCUCGUCACAUCCUUAGAGGGUUAG